AUGCAGUAUGCAAGCAUAUGUGAUCUGCAAGCGUAUGCGAUGUGCAAGCAUAUGCAAUGUGCAAGCAUAUGCGCUCUGCAAGCAUAUGGGAUGUGCAAGCAUAUGCGCUCUGCAAGCAUAUGUGAUUUGCAAGCAUAUGCCAUGUGCAAGCAUAUGCAAUCUGCAAGCGUAUGCGCUCUGCAAGCAUAUGCGAUGUGCAAGCAUAUGCGAUGUGCAAGCAUA